AUGCUGGCCUGGACCGCUGACGACCAAGUCAAGAAAAGAUCCAAAGAAGAAAAAGGGGAAGAAGAAGAGGAGGAAGAGGGGUCCAUCCUUCGUCCUCCUCUUCCUCCAGUCACCAUGACGACCUCAAAAGAUGACCCCGCUGCCCAGUCAGAGGCUGCAGGGAGCCCUCCGGCGAAUCAGGACGUCAGCUCAGACUCAGGGGAGGAGAUGGGGGCGACGCUGUCGGAUUCUAACAGGGAGGCGUUACUAUGGCAACAGAAUAAGGAGGAAGAGCGUGAUGAAGAGGAGACGCAGGCAGUGGCCUCGUCUCCCGACGGACGAUUCCUCAAGUUCAACAUCGAGAUCGGACGAGGAUCCUUCAAGACAGUUUACAAAGGCCUGGACACCGAGACCACGGUGGAGGUGGCGUGGUGCGAACUACAGACCCACCGUCUGAACAAGGCGGAGCGUCAGCGGUUCUGCGAGGAGGUGGAGAUGCUCAAAGCUCUGCAGCAUCCAAACAUCGUCCGAUUCUUUGACUCCUGGAAGUCGACGCUGAAGGGCCACAAAUGCACCAUCUUGGUGACUGAGCUAAUGACGUCCGGGACCCUGAAAACGUACCUGCGCAGGUUCCGUCAGAUGAAGCUGAAGCUGCUGCAGCGUUGGAGUUUCCAGAUCUUGAAGGGGCUUCAGUUCCUGCACUCGCGCUGCCCCCCCAUCCUGCACCGAGAUCUGAAGUGCGAUAACAUCUUCAUCACUGGGCCCACCGCCUCCGUCAAGAUCGGAGACCUGGGCCUCGCCACGCUCAAGAAGGCCUCGUUUGCCAAGAGCGUCAUCGGGACUCCAGAGUUUAUGGCUCCAGAGAUGUAUGAGGAGAAGUACGACGAGGCCGUGGACGUUUACGCCUUCGGUAUGUGCAUCCUGGAGAUGGCGACCUCCGAGUAUCCGUACUCUGAGUGUCAGAACGCCGCCCAGAUCUACCGCAAAGUAACCAAUGGAAUCAAACCAGACAGUUUUUUAAAAGUAAACGUCCCGGAGCUGAAGGAGAUCAUUGAGGGCUGCAUCCGAACCAACAGCAGCGAGAGGUUCACGGUUCAGGACCUGCUGGACCACCGGUUCUUCCAGGAGCAGCUGGGAGUCCACGUGGAGCUGGCUGAGGACGACGACGGCUCGAAGGCGGCGCUGAAGCUCUGGCUCCGGAUGGACGACAACAAGAAGCUUCACGGCAAAUACAAAGACAACAAUGCCAUCGAGUUCCUGUUCGAGCUGUACAAAGACGUCCCUGAGGAGGUGGCCCAGGAGAUGGUGGUGUUGGGCUUCGUGUGCGAGGCGGACUAUAAGCUGGUUGCUAAGGCAAUCAGACACCGAGUGACGGCCAUAAAGCGUCAGCGAGAGAAACAGCGGCGCCUGAUGGAGGGAUCUCUGAACCACCAGAGGGACGCCGUUAUCGAGGAGGAACCUGACCCCACCCCCCAACCUCCUGAACCGUCCAAUCAGAAAGCUGCAUCUGCCACAAGCAAGGCUGCUGAGGGGAAGGUAGCCGAACAGCAGGACGUAGCUGUUUCAGCACCCGUCCCCCCCUGGAUACAAGCCCUGCCCACGGUAACCAUGACAUCAUCUGUGCUGACGUCAAGCAGCAGCCCGGUGGAUUCUGGGAUCAGCAGCAUCUUCAACAGGACGGAGGGAGAUGGUGACGAGGACAACAAAACAGUCAAACACACGUCCUACUCCUCUGCUACAUCGGACUGUGACAUCGACAGCUCCUCAGGUGUCCCAGAGAAGGUUGAAGCCACACCCACUCCUGUCACAAAGCUGAGCCCCAUCCCAUCCUUCUACGCCCCUGGUCCAGUGGCUCAGGAAACAAAGAACCUUGAGGCUCCUACCCAUGUGACCCGGGCUCCAUCCAAGGCUCCGCCCCUUCCUGUUCUGCGUUUCCCCAAGAGCAUCGCUGUGUCCCACAACGCCGAGCAACCCCCAUCUGGAUCUGUCUGUGGCUUCUCCUCACCUGUUGACAGCUACGCCUCUGAUGUGACCUCAGGUUUAAGUGACGGCAAUGAUGGCCAAUCAGAUAAGGGCAACCAGGAAGCAAGUAAAAGGGCGACUACGAAGCAGUUCAGGAGGAGAGCGAGAGCUCGCCUGAGAAUCAUAGGGGUGUCAGACAUGGUGGACCGGGUGGUGGAGUGUCAGCUGCAGACUCACAACAGUAAGAUGGUGACAUUUAAAUUUGACCUGGACGGAGACAGUCCAGAGGACAUCGCCUCAGUGAUGCUCCACAGAGACUUCAUCCUGCCAUCAGAGCGGGAGGGAUUCAUCCUCCGCAUGUAUGACAUCAUCAAGAGGGCGGAGUCAAUUAUGCAUCAGCAGCCGGCAGACGCCGACAGGUUGUCUCAUCUGACCGUCCCCACGCUGCCCGAGUCCCCGCUAAACAUGUCCACCCAGGGCCUGUCCAGAACUCUGUCCUCAUCGUCACUACCUGACAUUGACCCUGACCCCUCCCCCUUAAAGAGCGUAGACUUCUACGUUGACCCUGAGGCCACGCCCACUGUCAGGCCAUUGAGGUCACAGUCUUUUCACACCUCUUCAGCUUCCUCCCAUCAGCCCCCUAUCUAUCCCUUCCAAUACCCCCACCCAGACUCCACCCUUUCCACCUCCCACCUGCCCCCUCCUCAGUAUCAUCUCCCAGCUUCCCCUUAUUCCCCCUACACUGCCCCAUUCCCUUCCCAGAGCCCUAUCUCUGGCCUACCCCGAGUCCACAGUAACCCUUCCCUCCUUACCCCCCCAUCCACCUCUUCUUCAGCUCCUCCCCCUCCUCACUGGCCCCCCCCUGACCAGCCUUUCUUCACUCUUACCAACAUGCUGUCUUUUGCCAUGAGCAUGGCCCAAUCCUUUAUGCCACCACCUGGGACCCCAAACCAGGGCUUUCUCCCCCAGACCCAGCCCCUGUCUCCCCCUUUCCACUCCCCCCAGGCCCCUCUCUCUCCCCCCAUCUCUCCAUCCCUGGGCCCUAAACUCCACCCUCAAACACACUCCUCCUUCUCUGCCCCUUUCUCCCACCAACCUCCCUACAGCACCCCCUUGCCUCAGACAGGCUCUGCCCGUGACAGCCAGCAGGGGGCACCCGGCCGGACUCCAGUCACGCCUCAGUCACUGCAGCAUCACAGUCCAGUUCAGAUGAAGGUCGGCUCAGCCCCGCCCCCUCGAGGUUCAGAGACCACCUCUGCUCCCAGUCUGACCAGUGCUCCCAGUCUGACCAGUGCCAGUGUUCCUACAUCCACUCCUCACAUCAGCGCCUCUCCUCCCAUCUGUCCAUCCCCCGGACCGUCUCUGAUUCAUGACGUGAAACAACCUUCUGUCCUCACCGUGGGCCGUUUCCAGGUGACGCCCUCUAAAGACGUUCCUGCUGUCAGUCGAACCAAUCAGGAGCCCCGCCAACUCAAUCAGGCCACGCCCACCGCUCGCUCCCCGCCCCCCUGCCGGCCGAGCCAAUCGCAGAGCUCGGGGAGCAGCACAGAGGAGGACAGUCAAUCCGAGAGUAGCAUGGGCACAGUGAUGGUAUCCCCACCUGGUGGUUACCAUGACAACCCUGGAGGACAGGAGGACAGCAGGCGGAGCGGUGAGGAGGAAGAGGAGGAGGAGAGGAAGAGGAGGCAGGGUCAGAGGUUGAGUGUGAGUCUGUGGGAGGGGUCAGCUGGUAACCCCAGGGUGAGUGGUAGCAGCUUCAGCCAAUCGUGGAGCCGCUCUCCACCCUAUGUCAGCUCUGACGAAUCAGACAGCGAGAAUGAGGAGAUGUGGGAGGAGCUACAGGAACUCCGUGAAAGACACCUGGUGGAGGUGCAGAACCUGCAGGCCAAUCAGAAGCGAGAGAUCGAGGAGCUGUACCUGAGGAUGGGUAAAGCCCCGCCCCCCGGUAUUGUCUCUCUGGCUGCCAUGUUGAACCAACGCCAACGCCGCCUCUCCAAGACUGGAAACUACCCUCCUGUCCGCAAAAACAGCCUGCAGAGACUGGAUGUGCUGCCCCCUACAGGCAUCAUGAGGAAGAGCUCGAUCAGUGGCAGCAGCAGCGGAUCUCAGGAGAGGGCAGGGAAAGGCGUGACCUUUGCCCCCAAACACAGCUGCAUUUGAGACAGAGGAGCUACCAACCGAAGACAUGAAGACGAGAGGACGAGGAGUCAACACACUCCACUUCACCGUUCUUCUAAAUCAAACUUCUUGGACGAUUGAAGAUUUGACACCGCUGAAACACGUUUAGUUUGAUUUGAAAUUUUAGAUUUAUUCUGUUUUACUGUGUUUUAUCUGUAGAACUGAACAUUUCAGCACUUUAGGAGGAAAAAUACUGAGCUGAACUUUCUGUUUUCCUCAUCAGGCUCAGGUUGAGCUCAUCAGUGAUCAUCGAUGAUUCUCUAACACUCAGAGUAAACUCAUGAGUUUACCUGCCACAGAAGCACACGGCUGAUUUUACAGGUUUUAUACGUCAGGUUUUUGUCAGAUCUGAUCACAUGACUCUGAUGAAACGUUAAACAGACUGAUUUAAAACUCAGGGUGUUUUUCUUAACUUGAACUUGAAGCGCUGCUCAUUUAAUCAGUGAUAUGAUGUGUAACAUAAAUAUUUCAGAUGAAUCUGUUGCAUGAGGUUCACAGUUUUCCACAUGUCCACUUCCUGGUGUACAGUCUGUACAUCUGUCUCUGUCCACUGAAUGCAGCUUUGAUCACACUGUGCCUUAUUUAAAGAUGAUUUAAGGAUUAAUUGUUGGAAUAUUUAAAGAGAGACUGACCUGAUGUGUGACACCUGAGGGGGUGUGGCCUCGCCGUCCUAUGAAUGAUGAAGUCAGGUGACGUCCAGCUGAGACAUAAAGAGAUGAAACAGGUUUGGAUCCAGGAAGAAGCAGAAAGUUUGAAUCUGACAUCAAAUCCACAAACAACAAACAAGAUUUAUUUAAGUUGAGUUUGUAAUGUUUGAAUUGUUCACAAAUAUUAA